GGGGAGUUUGCAGGCGGCCCCCGGCUACAAGAGGGGCGGGAGCGGCGCGGGCAGAGCCGGAGGGCUGGACCGCGGCCCCUCCGGUACCGGCACCGGCUCCGUGCCCCGCCCGGCCCCACCGAGCCGCUUCCUGCCCGCGCCGUGCCACAGGGGCAGCCAUGGGCAAGCACAGCAGCAAGCUGGCCCCGGAGAUGCUGGAUGACCUGGUGAGGAGCACAGAGUUCAGCGAGCAGGAGCUCAAGCAGUGGUACAAAGGCUUCCUCAAGGACUGUCCCUCUGGCAUCCUUAACCUGGAGGAGUUCCAGGAGCUCUACAUCAAGUUCUUCCCCUACGGAGACGCCUCCAAGUUCGCCCAGCACGCCUUCCGCACCUUCGACAAGAACGGCGACGGCACCAUCGACUUCAGGGAGUUCAUCUGUGCCCUGUCUGUCACCUCCAGGGGCACCUUUGACCAGAAACUCAACUGGGCCUUUGAGAUGUACGACCUGGAUGGGGACGGGAAGAUCACACGCCUGGAGAUGCUGGAGAUCAUUGAGGCCAUUUACAAGAUGGUGGGGACUGUGAUCAUGAUGAGGAUGAACCAGGACGGGCUGACCCCCCAGCAGCGUGUGGACAAGAUCUUCACCAAGAUGGACAAGGACAAGGAUGAUCAAAUCUCCCUGGAGGAGUUCAAGGAGGCAGCCAGGAGUGACCCCUCCAUCGUCCUGCUGCUGCAGGGUGACAUGCAGAAAUAGAGCCCUGGGGGCUCACUGCUGGACUGGCUGCAGCCAACCUCUGCCCCCCGUGGUGGUUUCCAUCCCCAACUUCUGCUAAGCCUCCCCUGUGCCCUCUCUGUCCUUCCUGCCACCCUUCUGCCUCCACUCCCAGCUGCCCUGGGCAGCUCCUGUGCCCUGAGCACACACAGGCCAGGGGCUGCAGCUCUCCCUUGGUGGGUAGUAGAGCUUGCUCUGGGUAUUGCUGGCUUGAGGUUACCUUCAGCUCAACCCUCUCCCAUCCUGGAUCUGGACUCCUUGUAGCCAGUGGUGAGCAUCCUGCUGACCAGGGCCAACUGUUCCCACAUUCCCUGCUUUCCCUCACUGCUCUGCCUGGCUCAUUCCCUGAUCCUAACUGAAACCAAAUCCAGUCCUUUCCCCUUUCUGCUGAUCCCCUGUCAGUGCUUGUGAUGCCUCCAGGGAGGCUGGGAGGUCCCAAGUCAUGACCCUGUUCUCUCUUCUGGUAUUUCCCUGCGAGGCUGCCAGAGGGCUGGCUCCAGGGUGCUGGGGAGCUGGAGCAGGAUGCUGCACCCUCCCUUAGCACUCCCUGUUUUAGCUUCCUCUGCCCAGCUUUAGCUUUUCCAGCCCUCCUCUUGUUGCUGGGAACAGUCAGGGCUGGUCAGAGCAGAGCAUGAAUGUCCAUACUGGCUCCUGUAUGUGCUCAGUGGCUGACCUCAAAAGCCACCUUCCACUCCAUCACCUGUGUGAACUGGCAGGGCAAGUGGUGACCUCCACCUCCUGGCUGCCCUGGCAGCAUCUUGUAUGUUCUGUGGCAUUUCUGACCUCCCUGGGUGCUCAGUUGAUGCUUGGGGUCCUGAGUGGAAAGCAGAAGAGGUCUGACUCUCUGGGCUGCCCUGGGACAAGGUUGGGUGUGGGGGUGUUGAAGGCACAUCCUGCUGCUUGGUGCAGAGGGGACUGCUGGGUCCUGCAUUGAGGCUGUGGAGAGGUCUUCUUGGAUUCUGCACCUGCUGAGCCUCCUGGCAAGGUUCUUGAGGCUGCAAGAAACACAUCUGUCUCCAUCCUCUCCCCCAUCCCAGCCUGCUGCCUCCAUCCCUCCUGCCCCAGGCCAGGGCUGUGGUCACAGAUGUCUGCUCUGCAGGCUGUGGUGUCGCUGCCUGUGAUGUCUGCCAGGAGGUGGUGGAGUUGGUGUCUCCUUUUCUAAUGGAGAAAAUAAACUGUCCCCCGUGUGUGA